AUGUCUCGGUUCCAUAAGGUUGGCUAUGUCGUGGGAGUUUUGAUCACUCUGGCUCUUGUUUGUCAAGCUAGGGUUCAUUCUCAUGGAGGGUUUGUUAGAACAGAGGGAACCCGGUUUGUACUUGGUGGGUCGUCUUCUCUUUUCAAUGGUUUCAAUUCCUACUGGAUGAUGCAUGUUGCAACUGAGCCCAGUGAGAGGUAUAAGGUCUCGAACACUUUCCGGGAGGCUGCUGAUGCUGGCUUAUCGGUGUGUCGGACUUGGGCUUUUAGCGAUGGAGGCGAUAGAGCGCUACAGAUAUCGCCCGGUACCUACGAUGAACGUGUCUUUCAGGCACUGGAUUUUGUGAUCUCGGAGGCAAGACGAUAUGGGAUUCGCUUGAUUUUAAGUUUUGUGAAUAACUACAAAGAUUAUGGAGGACGUCCGCAGUACGUUGAGUGGGCUCGAAAUGCAGGAGUUAAUGUUAAUGGAGAGGAUGAUUUCUACACAACCCCAACGAGAGUUAUUACGAGGUUCAACACCAUCACUAGAAUUGUGUACAAAGAUGAUCCUACGAUCAUGGCAUGGGAACUGAUGAACGAGCCUCGCUGCCAAGCUGAUUCCUCAGAAAAAAUGGUUAAUGGUUGGGUUCAAGAAAUGGCAAGUUUUGUGAAAUCUUUGGACAAAAACCACCUGCUUGAAAUAGGCAUGGAAGGAUUUUACGGCGACUCUAUGCCCGAAAAGAAGGUCAACAAUCCUGGUUACCAAGUUGGCACUGAUUUCAUCAGCAACAAUCUCAUCAAAGAGAUAGAUUUUACCACCAUACAUGCAUAUCCUGAUAUUUGGUACUUCAAUUCAUUACCCUAA